CCCCAGGCACAGGACGAUGUCUCGGUGCUGCUCUUUAGCAAACUCCGAAGGGGACAGAGCCAGCCCAGGCUCUCUCUGCUCUCACAUUUUUCCACCUAACCGCUGAAUUUCCCUUCCCCCUAAGGGUGUUCCUGCAGCCUGGGACUGAUUUACCCCAAUAAACCCUGCACGAUGCCGCCCAUCACCUUCCAGGACCUGCCCCUCAACAUCUAUAUGGUCAUUUUCGGCACCGGCAUCUUCAUCUUCGUGCUCAGCCUCAUCUUCUGCUGCUACUUCAUCAGCAAACUGCGGCACCAGGCGCAGAGCGAGCGCUUCGGCUACAAGGAGGUGGUUUUGAAAGGCGACGCCCGCAGGCUGAACGUCCACGGGCAGGCCUGUGCCGUCUGCCUGGAGGAUUUUGGGCUGCAGGAGGAGCUGGGGGUGCUGCCGUGCCAGCACGCCUUCCACAGAAGGUGCCUGCUGAAGUGGCUGGAGGUGCGCUGUGUGUGCCCCAUGUGCAACAAACCCGCGGCCGAGCCCCGGGCCGGCAUCGGGACCCUCCUGGAUGAGCUGGUGUGAUCCAGCAGGAUCCAUUGUGAACCAGAAGGGUCCAUUGUGAACCAGAGGGAUCCACCACGAUCCAGCGGGAUCAAUUGUGAUCCAGAGGGAUCCAUCAUGAUCCACCGCGAUCCAGUGGGAUCCACGGCAAUCCAGCGAGAUCCAGCUGGAUCCACAACAACCCAGUGGGAUCCAUCGUGAUACAGCGGGAUCCUGCGGGAUCCAUCGUGGUCCUGCAGGAUCCACUGCAAUCCACUGCAAUCCACCAUGAUCCAGCAGGAUCCGUGACGAUCCACCGCAAUCCACUGUGAUCCAACGUGAUCCAUCAUGAUCCACGACAACCCAGCAGGAUCCAUCGUGAUCCACCGUGAUCCAUCAUGAUCCAUCGCGAUCCAGCUGGAUCCACAGUGAUCCGGCAAGAUCCAGCAGGAUCCACAACAACCCAGCAGGAUCCAUUGCGAUCCAGCAGUAUCCUGAAGGAUCCAUCACGAUCCAGUGGGAUCCAUCAUGGUCCUGCAGGCUUCACCACAAUCCACUGCGAUCCAGCGGGAUCCAUCAUGAUCCAGCGGGAUCCACGGCGAUCCAGUGGGAUCCACGGAGAUUCAGCGGGAUCCACAGCAAUCAAUCGCGGUCCUGUGGGAUCCAUUAUGGUCCUGCAGGAUCCACCACAAUCCAGUGGGAUCCAGUGGGAUCCAGUGGGAUCCAGUGGGAUCCAGCGGGAUCCACCGUGGGACCGCCGGCAUCACCCACCCCUCUGCAAGGAUCCUGGGUUUCCCAGCUGGGAUUUUUAUCCUGAAGGCCGUGCCUUGGUUUGGGGUUGUGCUCCCCACGGAGCCAGGACAGGCUGGAGUUCCCUGUGGGAAGCUGAGCCCCAGGGUGGGGGUCCCUUCCCCCAGCCCCCCUUUGCUGCACAGAGCUCUCUCUGGAGCUGAGCCCCUCAGGAUCCCCAUGGGGCAGAGUCAUUGCACGGCUUUGUGUGAAAAAAGGAUUAAAUGGAUGGGUUUCA